AUGCUGAUGCUCAUGAGAAUGAUAGGAACAUUAAGAUAUGGAAGAUCAAGAAACUUAUCAAGGCAUUGGAAGCUUCAUAAAUUCACUGUUGAUCUUCCAAAGAAGCAUGGAAGAGGAGGACAGUCUGCAUUGCGGUUUGCUCGUCUUCGGAUGGAGAAGCGCCAUAAUUAUGUCAGGAAGACAGCUGAAGUUGCUACCCAGUUCUUCAUUAAUCCUGCUACAAGUCAGCCAAAUGUUGCCGGGUUGAUCUUGGCUGGGUCUGCUGAUUUUAAAAAUGAAGUGAGCCAGUCUGAUAUGUUUGAUCCACGUCUACAGGCUAAAAUAAUCAACGUGGUUGAUGUCUCAUAUGGUGGAGAAAAUGGUUUCAAUCAGGCAAUUGAGUUGUCUUCGGCAAUCCUGGCAAAUGUGAAGUUCAUACAGGAAAAGAAAUUGAUCGGGAAGUAUUUUGAGGAAAUCAGCCAGGAUACUGGAAAGUAUGUCUUUGGCCGACAGCAUACCGAUGCUGUUCUCAAACCACUAAGUUACCCAAAAAUGAAAGUCAGGUAUGAGAACAAAGAAGGUUCCUUCAGAAAAGCAACUGCUGGCAAGUGCUGA